CACAGUCCCGCUAUGCGUUUGGGCCACCGCGGCAUUUUGGAAUAUAUUACUGAAGUUUAGGUUUUGGAGCAUUCUUGCCCUUCUUUUUCUUCAAAGGUAUUUUGAUGUUACCAACAGAAAUCUCAGGAGUGUGUUUCAGCACAAGUCAGCACUCCAAAGAAGGGAGGAACGGAAUGAAAACAGAGGAAAAUCAAUCAUGUCUUCAGCAGGCCCCCUCCGCCACACCUUACGAGCACGUGGGAGGAGGUGAGGUGUGCGCAGGGUGCGAGUCUCCGAUUGCAGACCGCUUCCUUCUGCGCGUGAACGAACUGUCCUGGCACGAGACUUGCGUCAAGUGCGCGGUGUGUCGCAGCGCGCUGAGCGGAACAUGCUACUGUCGGGACCGUCUGCUGUACUGCAAGCACGAUUAUGAAAAGUUGUUUGUGAGGAAAUGCAGUGCGUGUCUGCAGGCGAUCGGGCGCUCGGAGCUCAUCAUGCGUGUGCUGGGACAGGUGUAUCACCUGGGCUGUUUCAGCUGCUGUGAGUGUGAGCGCCGUCUGCAGAGAGGUGAUGAGUUUGUGCUGAAGGAGGGACAGCUGCUCUGCCGCGGAGACUAUGAGAAAGAGAGAGAGAUGCUGGCUGCCAUCAGCCCGGCCCCUACUGAGUCUGUAAAAAGUGAAGAUGAGGAGGGAGGUGGCGUGUCCGUCGGGGGAAAAGCCGGGGAUGAUGGGAAAGAGCACAAGAGAUCAAAGAGACCACGUACCAUCUUGACCACACAACAGCGACGGGCCUUUAAGGCCUCCUUUGAGGUGUCUUCAAAACCCUGCCGAAAGGUGAGAGAAACCCUUGCAGCUGAGACUGGACUAACGGUGAGAGUCGUGCAGGUGUGGUUCCAAAAUCAAAGAGCAAAGAUGAAGAAGAUCGCUCGCAGACAGCAGCAGCAACAGCAGCAGCAGGAACAGGAGCAGAUGGGCGGGGGCAGGAGGGGGCCGAGCAGAGGGGGGCGCCAGAGUAACGACGACAGCGAGGAUGGCUCCAGCAGUCACGGUCUGGACGGACUCCUCUCAUUUUCCUCUCUGCCACGCCAGCAACUCUUGGCUUUGGAUCCGAACGUAUACGGCGGCGAGCAGUUCCGACACGGGCUCACACCCCCACAGCUCGGACCCGAGCACAUGCACUCUUACGACUCGGAGACGGUGUUUCAUGACUUGGACAGCGAUGGAAGCCUCAGUCAUCUUGGUGAUUGUCUUCUGUCGACUGCUGAAGCUGGAGUUCUGGCAGGGCGAAUAGGAAAUCCCAUCGACCGCCUCUACUCAAUGCAGAACUCCUACUUUACCUCGUGACCCCUCGGAGACCCUGGUUACACCCACCUGAGAAUCUCAGCCACUGCAGAGAGCAACAAACAGAUCGAGCCUCAAUAGAGCCAACCAUGAGAAUCCUAUCUUAGCGUCACAAUAAAGAUCUGAGAGAGGGCAUGAAAACACUUGAAAUGACACAGGUUUAAUUAGGUGUUAAAAUUAUACGAUUUUGAUGUUUUGCUGGAAAUACAAUGUUGUGUUGACUUUUGGGGGUGUUACACAAACACUAAUGUACGCCUUUUUCUGACUGUCAUAAGCAUACAUCAGUCAGAUGUUGAUAGAUUUAGUGUUAUCUCACCUUCACUGCACAUCAAAAUAAGAUUCCUUUAGGUCUUGGAUUGGAAUCAGCUUCUAUUCAACAGUACAAACCAAAAAGUCUAUCAAGCUAAAUGUCAAGUCAAAAGUAUAUCGGUAUUUCAUGUUUCAGUUCACUAAAUACGUUGACUGACUCCGGGCCAUCAUUUCUUCCAUUGGAUGUACCUGUAACCUUACUCAUUCAAUGAAAGAAGCACCCGCGUCUGAUGGUGUGAAUGACAAAUGUUAUGCAUUAAAGAGACAGUUCGGCCAAAAAUAGAAAUUCUGUCAUCAUUCACUCGCCCUCAUGUCAUUCUAAACGUGUUUGUGACUCUUUUUUUCUGUGGAACACGAAAGAAGAUAUUUUGAGAAAUGUCUCUGUGGUUUUGUAUCCAUACAACGGAAGUCACUGGGGUCCCACGUAAUUUGGUUACCAGGCUUCUUCUAAAUAUCUUCCUCUGUGUUAUGCAAAAGAAAGUCAUACAGAUUUUGAAUGACAUGAAAGUUUGUUGGUGGUCAUUUUUGGGUGAACUGUCCCUUUAAGUAAAAGAUAUGAUGUUUAACUAUUGCCAUUUUCCCAACUAGUAUAUUUGAAGUAUUCACUUUAAACGUCACACUGACUGUGCAUAAGACAAUUGAAAUACAGUAGAAAUAAGAUGUCAUAUAUAUAAAAUAAAUAUAAACAUCACUCCAUAAACAAAUAUGAGGCAGAGUAGACAGUAAAAUAUGUGAGUCCUGCUUUACUGGUUUGUUUCCACCCAUGGUUGGAUAAAUGUGAACAAACUUUCGGUUUUCAAUUAAACUAGAAAAUUUCAAUAUCUGACCCAACCAUGUGUUGAAACAACCCAGCGGUUCUUUUUUUAAGAGUGUAGGGUUCAUGGCACACAGGAGGAACACAUACCACAAUAACUCAAGGCAAAGGCACAACACCACCCAAUACUCAAUAACAUGACAAACUCAACUUGAUUUGACAAAUAAAUCAAUGUCAUAUUAAUAUCAUGUAACAAAUGAGAUCAAUUGAGAAUAACAAAUGAAUUGAAUUAGAUCUCAGGUAGAUCUGAAAUAUAUCAAACAGUAUACUAUGUGGACACAGGGUAGAGUGAAAAUCAUUUUUACAUUGAUAAAAUAUGAAUUGUAAUGUUAAAAUCAUCAAGGGCCUUGUAUUUUUUAUAGCAGUGUCGCUUUAGGUUUAAUGAUAUAAACUGUAAAGAUGUUUUUAGGUAGUUAGGUAUCAGGUAUAAUAUAGGACAUCGGUUUUGCUUUUAUAUUAUAAAAACAGAAUGAAGAGGUCUGAGGUGAGGAAAUAAUCAGGGUUACUGAUGUUACAGGGUUACUAAGCCUUAUACCGUCACAGGGUUGAUAGUGUUAUCUCUUUAGUACUGGCAAGGAAAUAGCACAAAGUAUUAACAAUACGCCCUAAAUGUACAAAGGACGUGACAAGUGUUGCUUAUUGUGCUUUAUUGUAAUAUACUAAAUGUGUCACAUGACUGUUGUUGCAAUGACCACUAUUGUUAUACGUGUAGUUACUGACAUUGACUCUUUUUACUUAUGGUUAUUGUUGACUAUAUUUUUCGGGCAGAACUCCGGCAUUGGAAUAUUUAUGUUGCAGCAUGACAAAAUGUAUAUGUGAUAUGUAUUAUUUAUAUUGAAGAUACCAAACAAUGUACAGCACACGUAGAACCGGACGCUUAAUGGUUAUUCUCAACAAACUGAAAUGUGGUUGUUUUAAGUACACUGGACAUGACAUGCUGUUGAAUCACGUGUGCAGCUGACUACUCGAGUAUUCAUGAACUAUUUUGUGAUACUGGAUUAUUUCAUAGUAGAGUGUGAUAAUAUUUCUCAAAGAGACUGCAUUGUUGACAGCUGUGGAUGGAUAGAUGAAUGAUAUAUCUUGCAGCACACUGUUAUCUUUCUUUUACCUCUCAGUGAAUGUGUUUUAGUGUAUGGUGUUCUCGGUUUUCCAAUAUAACUCGUCAUUGAAA